UAUUCUCUUACUAUAAACCAGAUUUGAAACUCUCAAGAGGAACACCAUGGAAGAAGAGCAACCUCCGGCCAAGAAACGAAAUAUGGGCAGAUCUAGAAAAGGUUGCAUGAAAGGUAAAGGCGGUCCAGAGAACGCCACGUGUACUUUCCGGGGAGUUAGGCAACGGACUUGGGGUAAAUGGGUGGCUGAGAUCCGUGAGCCUAACCGCGGGACUCGUCUCUGGCUCGGCACGUUUAAUACUUCAGUCGAAGCCGCCAUGGCUUAUGAUGAAGCCGCUAAGAAACUCUACGGACACGAGGCUAAACUCAACUUGUUGCACCCACAACAACAACCGCAACAAGUAGUGAAUAGGAACUUGUCUUUCUCGUGCCACGGGUCGGGUUCUUGGUCGCAUAAGCUCGAUACGGUUUGUGGGUUGGACCUUGGUCUAGGCCCGGCAAGUGGGCCACGAGGUUCUUGGUCAGGGAGAUCGAGUUUUCUACAAGAAGACGAUGAUCAUAAUAAUAAUCGAUGUGUGCCUUCAAGUGGCUCGAGUCUUUGUUGGUUAUUACCUAAACAAAGUAAUUCACAAGAUCAAGAAAGCGCCAAUGCAGCGAGUGGCGGUAGUGGCGAAGGCGGUGGUGGCUCUUUACUAACGUUUUCGACCAAGUUGAAACCGAGGAACAUGGUGAAUCCGAAUUAUGGAUUAUCAAAUGGAGUUUGGUCGAGGUUUCUUGUGGGGCAAGAAAAGAAGACGGAGCAUGAAGUGUCAUCAUCAUGUGGCUCGACGGACAAUAAGGAAAGCAUGUCGGUUCCUAGUUGCGGCGUAGAAAAGUUGCAUAGGCCGGAGAUGGAACAAGGAACAGGGUUUUUGGAAAUGGAUGAUCUUUUGGAGAUUGAUGAUUUGGGUUUGUUGAUCGGCAAAAAUGGAGAUUUCAAGAAUUGGUGUUGUGAGGAGUUUCAACAUCCAUGGAAUUGGUUCUGAGAGUCUUUAUUUAUUUAUUAUUAUUUAUCUUAAAUAUCUCUUAUAUUCGAUUUAGGAUUGUUAAUUUGUUAUAAAUCAAUCGUGGGAUCUUUUUAUGUGUGUAAAUAGGUUUGAGCAUGUUGUGAUUUUUUUCUUAAACGUUAUGUAAAAAAGAAUAUUAAUAGAUUUGAAGCAAGUUUCGAGU